GGCCCUGACAUCACCCUCUCCGCGACCACCGGCCUUUCACAUACUCGACUCCCGCAGCUCGCCGUGAACAGCGCUGGAUCACUCUCGGUCUGAACUGCCAUGUCAAGCUCGGCCACUCUCCGGCAAGUCCUCCGCGCACGCCCCUUUGCAUUGCUGUCCUCCUCGCCUAUAAACAUAGGCUCGGUCGGUCCCUACCAAGUCUUUGACCGGCACGCAAAGCGACUGCAGAAAGACCGGUCUGCUCUCCGGGAAGGCGGCGCGCGAAGCAGGACUGUCGACUAUGUGCGGGAUGAGGUCGCGGACCGGAUGAUCGAGCGCAUGGUGGAUAUCAAGCGCAAGUUCAAGUCCGUCCUAGAUGUUGGCUCAGGGUCUGGCCACUUCUCGAAGCUGCUGGAGCCGGAGACGACCCAAAAGGUUGUGAUGCUUGACUCUAGCAAGGAGUUGCUUCACCGCGACCCAGAUGAUGCGUUUGAAGUCGAAGUUGAGCGAAUACAUGCGGAUGAAGAGAGUCUUCUCAGUGUCGUCGAGCCCAACUCACAAGAGGCAGUCGUCUCCUGUCUUAGCCUUCACUGGGUGAACGACCUGCCAGGGGUGCUCGUACAGAUCAAGGAAACUCUGCAGCCUGACGGAGUCUUCUUGGGCGCCCUCUUCGGAGGCGACACUCUAUUCGAGCUACGAACUGCUCUGCAAUUGGCAGAAAUGGAGCGGGAGGGCGGCAUCUCCCCGCAUAUAUCACCCAUGACUGACUCGCGGGACAUGUCGAAUCUUCUUGGCCGCGCCGGAUUUACGCUUUUAACCGUCGACGUCGACGAGGUAAAGGUUGCAUACCCUUCGAUGUGGGAGCUCAUGGACGACCUCCGUGACAUGGGUGAAAGCAACGCGGUGAUUGGCCGGCGAAACUACAUCCACCGAAAUACCCUUGCAGCAGCGUCUGCGAUCUACAAAGAGCUUCACGGGCACGAGGACGGUUCUGUUCCGGCGACCUUCCAGAUCAUUUACGUGAUCGGAUGGAAGCCGUCCCCGAAACAACCAAAACCGCUCGAGAGAGGGACAGGCGAGACCAAUCUGAAGGAAGUCUUAUGACCUGUGAUUCGAGCACGAUGUAUCGCUCCUUGGACAGACAGAAUCAUUGCGGUGCUUGCCUGAAGUCAUUCAUGCGAAUCACCGCGGGGAAUGCGGCGUUUGUUUGCGGGCCUAGCCGGCACGGGGUGCUUCAGGGCUGGUCUCGACUAUGCACGACGGAUCGAAUG